CUUCUUCUUUCUUCUUCUUCACGAGCCACAUCUGUAGAGAGGCAGAGAUAGAGAGAAAGAAGCCGGAAGAGCGUGCUACCGCUUCGACUUCUCGGCUGCGAGUUCGAUCUGUCGCCGUGACAGCAGCGUGAGCGAUCGAGAGGGAGGAUGGCGUCGUCGUCUCAGCUGGGCGCGUACACCGGCGGCAGCCGGAGGAGGGUCGUCCACGCCAGGAGCGGCGGCGGGAGGUCGGCUGCGGCGGCGGCCGCCGCGAAGCAGCUGCUGUCGAGGCUGCGGUCCAGCCUGAGGAGGAGUGCGGCGGGGCGGAGGCGGGCCGCGGUGAGCUUCGGGUACGACCUGCAGAGCUACUCCCGGAACUUCGACGACGGCCUCGGCUCCUCUGUCGGCCACCCGCUUUCAGUGUGAUUCCAUGUAACUAGCUAGCGCAGUGAUUCCCGGUGAUUAGUUAGCUGCUGGCUAACCCAACCAGUUUCUGUAAAUGACUAGACUGAAUCCGCCAUCAGUAAUUCAUGUAGUCAGCAGUCAGCACGCAGAAUGCUUUUUGUAGUUCUGCGCAACUAACGUGAUCCCCACGGGAGAGUACUAGUUUAUUUUGUUUCUGGUAGCUUGGUACUGACUUCCAGUAAUAUAAUUGUACAGGAUCUCUCUCAC